AUGAUUAUCUUCAAGGACAUCCUCACCGGCGAUGAGCUGAUCUCCGACUCGUACGACCUCAAGGAGGUCGCCGGUACCGUCUAUGAGGCUGACUGUGCCAUGAUCGAGGAGGGCGGUCUCAACGUCGAUAUCGGUGCCAACGCUUCCGCUGAGGAGGCCGAGGAGGCCCUCGAUGACACCGUCGUCAAGGUCAACAACAUCGUCAGCUCUUUCCGUCUCCAGAGCACUUCUUUCGACAAGAAGAGCUACCUCACCUACCUCAAGGGCUACAUGAAGGCUGUCAAGGCUGCUCUCCAGGAGAAGAACGCUCCCGCCGAGACCAUCACUGCCUUCGAGAAGGGUGCUCAGGCCUACGUCAAGGAGCACCUCCUGCCCAACUUCAAGGACUUUGAGUUCUACACUGGCGAGUCCAUGAACCCCGACGGAAUGGUUGUCCUCCUCAACUACCGUGAGGAUGGUGUCACCCCCUACAUCAUCGUCUGGAAGCACGGUCUUACCGAGAUGAAGGUCUAA